CCUCGUGAGGCCUCGUGGCGUUAGCCCAGUGCGCUCGGCCCCCACCGGGCCUGGCUCUACUGCAGGCACUGGGGGUUGGGGUGGGGGAGAGGCCCAGGGCACAUGAUGCCGCCCCCAGCCCGCCCAGCACAUGACCCAGGCAGGCCGGCGGGGGGUCCUGGCACACCCGAGCCGCGUCCGUGAGCACAGCCCAUGGCCUCCCCACGCCUAGGGACCUUCUGCUGCCCCACGCGGGACGCGGCCACGCAGCUCGUGCUGAGCUUCCAGCCGCGGGCCUUCCACGCGCUCUGCCUGGGCAGCGGCGGGCUCCGCUUGGCGCUGGGCCUUCUGCAGCUGCUGCCCGGCCGCCGGCCCGCGGGCCCCGGGUCCCCCGCGACGUCCCCGCCGGCCUCGGUCCGCAUCCUGCGCGCUGCCGCUGCCUGCGACCUUCUCGGCUGCCUGGGUAUCGUGAUCCGGUCCACCGUGUGGUUAGGAUUCCCAAAUUUUGUUGACAGCGUCUCGGAUAUGAACCACACGGAAAUUUGGCCUGCUGCUUUCUGCGUGGGGAGUGCGAUGUGGAUCCAGCUGUUGUACAGUGCCUGCUUCUGGUGGCUGUUUUGCUAUGCAGUGGACGCUUAUCUGGUGAUCCGGAGAUCGGCAGGACUGAGCACCAUCCUGCUGUAUCACAUCAUGGCGUGGGGCCUGGCCACCCUGCUCUGUGUGGAGGGAGCCGCCAUGCUCUACUACCCUUCCGUGUCCAGGUGUGAGCGGGGCCUGGACCACGCCAUCCCCCACUAUGUCACCAUGUACCUGCCCCUGCUGCUGGUUCUCGUGGCGAACCCCAUCCUGUUCCAAAAGACAGUGACUGCAGUGGCCUCUUUACUUAAAGGAAGACAAGGCAUUUACACGGAGAACGAGAGGAGGAUGGGAGCCGUGAUCAAGAUCCGAUUUUUCAAAAUCAUGCUGGUUUUAAUUAUUUGUUGGUUGUCGAAUAUCAUCAAUGAAAGCCUUUUAUUCUAUCUUGAGAUGCAAACAGAUAUCAAUGGAGGUUCUUUGAAACCUGUCAGAACUGCAGCCAAGACCACAUGGUUUAUUAUGGGAAUCCUGAAUCCAGCCCAGGGAUUUCUCUUGUCUUUGGCCUUCUACGGCUGGACAGGAUGCAGCCUGGGUUUUCAGUCUCCCAGGAAGGAGAUCCAGUGGGAAUCACUGACCACCUCAGCUGCUGAGGGGGCUCACCCAUCCCCACUGGUGCCCCAUGAAAACCCUGCUUCCGGGAAGGUGUCUCAAGUGGGUGGGCAGACUUCUGACGAAGCCCUGAGCAUGCUGUCUGAAGGUUCUGAUGCCAGCACAAUUGAAAUUCAUACUGCAAGUGAAUCCUGCAACAAAAAUGAGGGUGACCCUGCUCUCCCAACCCAUGGAGACCUAUGAAGGGGAUGUGCUGGGGGUCCAGACCCCAUAUUCCUCAGACUCAACAAUUCUUGUUCUUUAGAACUGUGUUCUCACCUUCCCAACACUGCACUGCCAAAGUGUAGCAGCCCUCAAACCUUGCUCUCAUCACCAGUUAGAGCUUCUUCCCGAAGAGCCUUUAGGAUAGGAGAAACGAUUCAUGCACACGCGUGUGAGAAUGGAAGAGCCCCCUCCAGACCACUCUACAGCUUCUCUAGCCUUAGUUGCCACUAGGAAGUUUUCUGAGGCUGGCUGUAAAGUAAGUGUAAGGUCCACAUCCUUGGGGAAGUAGUUAAAUAAAAUAGUUAUGACUGAGCUCUCAGCCUGACUUGGAUUCUGUCUUAACACUCCUAGCAAAAGAAAAUAUAUGUACAGUUAUGCAUUGCUUAAUGAUGGGGAUGAGUUCUGAGAAAUAUAUUGUUAGGUGGUGUCACUGUUGUGUGAAUACCAUAGAGCACAGUUACACAAACCUAGAUGGUACAGGCUACAGCACACUUAUGCUAUACGGUAGAGCCUAUGGCUCCUAUGCUACAAACCUGAACAUCAUGUGACUGUACCAAAUACUGUAGACAACUGUACCACAGUGGUAGUUUUGUAUCUAAACAUACCUAAACAUAGAAAAGGUGCAGUAAAGAUGUGAUUUCUAGAGGAAAUGCUCUUGACUAAGCUUAUUGAUGAUGCCAAACAGCAGCAAGGUAGAGAUGCAGCAGGAUGAAUAGGGAACCAGGGCCCCGUGGAGCAGCAGCACAGCCUGGCCUCCUAACACACACUAGGGGGCAGAGAAGACAGCAUGACUUUGCUCAGGAAUUGAGCUUCAUGCUGUGCUGAGUAAUGACAUAGUCAAAGGAAUACUUGGAACCUGACUAAUGCCCAUAUUUCCAUCAGUUAAGAUAUAUGAGGGAACUUCAAAAAGUUCAUUGAAAAAUGAAAUGAAAAAAGAUAAAAAACAAACGCUAUUUCUCAACAUAGGCUCCAUCAAGGUCAAGAUACUUUGUAAGUGAUGACACCAGCCAUGUAGUCCAUCCCUAAAGAACCGAGGGUCCUGGGAAUUUAACCAUGUCAGUGCAGUCUUUUUUACACUAUUAACUGAAGAAAAAUGGGUGCCCUUUAAGGAUUAGGAAAGAAAAAUAAGUCAGAAGGAGGCAAAUCAGGACUGUAAGGUGGAUGUCUAAUGAUUUCCCACCGAAACUCUUGCAGAAUUGCCCAUUCGAUGAGAGGAAUGAGCAGAAGCAUUGCUGUGGUGGACUCCCUGGCAAAGCUUUCCAGGACAUUUUUCUGCUAAAGCUUUGGCUAAUUUUCUCAAAACAUUCUCAUAAUAAGAUGUUACUGUUCUUUGGCCCUCCAGAAAGUCAACAAGCAAAAUGCCUUGAGCAUCCUGAAAAACUGUUGCUCUGACCUCUGGUCUUGACCAGUCUGCUUUGCUUUGACUGGACUACUUUUGCCUCCUAGUAGUCGUUGCUUUGAUUGUGCUUUGUCUUCAGGAUGGUAAUGGGAAAUCCAUGCUUCAUCUCCUGUUACAAUUCUUCAAAGAAAUGCUUCAGGAUCUUGAUCCCAUUUGGUUAAAAUUUCCAUCAAAAGCUCAGCUCUUGUCUGCAGCUGACCUGGGUGCAACAGUUUUGGCACCCAUAGAGUGCAAAGUUUGCUCAAUUUUAAUGUUUCAGUCAGAAUUGUGUAAGCUUAACCAGUUGAGAUGUCUACGGUGUUGGCUAUUGUCUGUACUGUUAAUUGCUGGUCCUCUUCAAUUAAGGCAUGAACAAGAUAAAUUUUUUCAUCACAACUUGAUGUGGAUGGUUUGCCAUGGUGGGCUUCAUCUUCAACAUCAUCUCAUCCAUUCUUAAAAUGAGUUAUCCACCAUUUGUAAACUGAUUUCUUUAGGGCACUGUGCCCAUAAACUAUUCAUCAAGCAUCAAUGAUUUCACCAUUUGUCCACUCAAACUUCACCAUAAAUUUGAUGCUUGUUCUUGUUUCAAUUUUAACAAUUUAUGUUGCUCUGAUAGAGGCUCUUUUCAGGUUGAUAUCUUAUCAUUCUUAGUGCCUCAAACUAGAUCCUGUUAAGAGAGGUUCUAACAAAUUAGUAUGAGUUUAUUUUGAGGCAAAACAUUUUUGAAAUCCAUGUAUAGUUUUUCCAUAAUAUGUAUGUCCAUGAACUUUUUGAAGCUUUUUUUUUUCCUCCCCAAAAUGUUGCAGCAUGCAGGGGGAUUACAAUCCACCAGCAUGUAUAUAGAAAAGCAAGACACACUAUCUUCUCAGGACACUGCAGACAGCUCUGCCAUGUGACACCUCCCUUCAUAUCAAGAUUAGGACUCCUUUUCUUCUACAAGAGUCCAGCAAGGUUCUGCAUUUGCACGUCUGAA